UGGCAAUACUGCUAUAUUGUGAUUAUAUGAAGUUUUGGUGUUGGUACAGGUGGCAUAUGCAAGCUAACUCCUUGCCUAAUUAGGUAGUUGACAAUAGCUACAAUAGUGAAAAAAUCUUCAAUUUUCCAAGCUGCCUACACAAGCAACUGCCUACUAACACCUCAAUGCCCUAAUAACCCAUCAAACUCGCCUGCCUCAUAUUGCUCAGCAGCUAUAAGUGACUUGUAACAAUGCAGAGCCCCAUUGUGCCAAAUGGCCAAAAAGUACAUCUGUCACGGUAUCCUCUCCAGAUCCCCUGACAAUAUCCGGAUCCGCUCCGUACUGUCCCUGACCAUACGCACCAAAUCCCCAGCGUCCUUACACGCCUCCGAAGCGGACGUACAACCUCCGGUCACCUCCGGAGCGGGCCUGCAACCUCCAAAGCAGGAGUAUUAGAAUUCUG